AUGAAAGGUGGAGGUCCAGCAUGGGAGCUGGUUGUUAUCCCGAAUGGCGAUCGGCUAUUGGACCAAAAGACUGGCGACAAUUUCAUGGUUUCAUGUAAAGUGAAAGAUUACGACGGAGCUGCCAGUGACGUAAAAGUAGAGUGGUACAAGGAUGGAAACAUCGUUUCACGCCUUGGAAGCAUUAUGACAAUCUAUAAAACCUAUGCUAAUCAACUGUUAAUCAAUCGACCAAAAAUUGGCGACAGUGGAGAUUAUGUUUGCAAAGCCGAAGUAAAUGGCCAGGAACAACAAACCACCGUGAAGAUCAGUUUUGCUGAUCCUCCCAAAUUUAUCAAUCCGCAAACUGAACAACAUCCUGAAGAGGGUUCUACGGCCGAGAUUGUUUGCCUUGUUGAAGGGACCGAAAAACUAGAAGUCUUUUGGCAGUUCAAUGGCACCAUUCUCGAAGAAGGGUCACCUCGCGGUUACGAGUUUCAAAACGAUCGGCAAAUCCUCUUGAUUCCUGAGUACGAUUCCAAGAAAGACGAUGGCAUCUAUAAGUGCAACGCAGCCCAGUUCUCUUCAUUCGAAACCCUUGCCAUCAACGUCACCGGAUAUUCACGUCCAGUCAUAACUGUUUUCCACGCUCCAGAAAACAACACCGGCUUCGAGGGAGCAAAUGCGAAAAUACAAUGUGGAGCUGUUGGCAAGCCGAAACCACAAUACCACUGGUUCCACGAGAAUGGCGAAAGCAUUAGCGACUCGGACAAGUACAAAGUUCACGAUGGUCUACUGGUAAUCGAAUCCUUGUCCGAACAUGACAGCGGCGAGUAUAAAUGCGUAGCUUCUAAUGAGGUUGGGAACGCGACACAAACAGCUGAGCUGAAAGUUCUGCUGAAACCGAGAGUUGAGAAGCUCUUAGAUAUAACCAAGAAGGAGAAUGACAAUGUAGAAGUUGUUUGCAAAUAUCAUGGUGAUGGAAUUAAUAGCGUCAAAUUUGUAUUUGGGACGGAAGAGUAUUCGGUAGUUGAUGAAGAAGAAGGAAGAGAAUUGUCACCUUCUGAUAGGUCUGACAAUGAAAAUAAUGAAAACGGAGAAGAAGAAAGGGAUGAAGGAAAUGAGGAAUUGAACGCGGAAAAUGUAGAUAAUGACAAGGAGAAAGUGGAAGAUGAUGGUACCGAAGAUGAAGGUGAAGACGACGAGGAGGAAGAUGAAGCAAAAGAAAACGCCCGAAUUAAGAGGUUCGAGGAAGAUGUCACUUCUGAACGCAUCAGCGUGAGAGCUGAAGAUGGUUCCCUUAUCCUUACUAUCCGGAAUUUGACAAUACUUAAUGACGAGAAAAGAAGCUAUACUUUAGACCCCCCAAUUCUUCGACGAACAUCGGAAGACCAAUUUCUGCUGUCCCGAGCCCUUCAUGGAUUUGGCUCAGAGACGGAAAUGAGGCGCGUAGAAGCUGAUGGUUCAUCCAUUAUCAUCGAGAGUGUGGAGGGACGCUCGAGGUUGACUCUGCAGAACAGUGCCGGAAGAAAUUAUGGAAGUUAUACUUGUAAAGCAGACAAUGGCGUGGGAAUUUUCACUAAAGCGAUUGAAGUCAUCCAAACAUCUAAUACAUUGAUCCUCAUUUAUUUUGUGAUUCUUAUUCUAGUUCCACCUGCUAUUCCUGAGGGUAUUGACUGCAAGAAACGUUUGUAUCCAAAUUAUGGUAAGUGCUCUAUAGGCCAUGAGUUGUACAGUGACUAUGCGCAGCGACCUUCUCGAAUGGAAUUCCAGAUUUUGGAAAUAGGUGAUAGUUCUUUGGGAGAUAUGGACUGGGAUGAAGCUCGUGUGAUCUCGGUAGAUUUUGGUAAGGCUACCAUGAAUCUUUUUAGACUUGUGCCUGUACUGUUUCCUACAACUUCAUCCUUUUCAGAUGCCGAAGAAAUGGUUGUCAGGAAUCUAACUCCAAAUACCCAAUACUCAGUUCGCGCGCGAGCAAUUAAUGAGGCUGGCGAGAGCGAUUUCUGCCAGCCGACAGUAAUGGAGACGACUGAUCCUUGGGCUCCGAAAAAGCCAGAACACGUUCGAAUGGAAUGUGAUCAAGUCUGUACCGUAUUUUGGGAUGAGCCAAACGAUCACGGAUCAGAGAUUACUGCAUAUCGAGUGGGAAUCCAGGAAUACAUUGAAAAUGAGGAAACUGGCGAGGAACAGAACAUAGGAAAUGCGUUCACUGUGGAAGUUGGUGGUGAAGAAAGAUCUCUUGAAUUAACUCAUAUUCGCCCGCACUCCUCUUACCGAGUAUCCGUCUCUGCGAUUAACUCUAUUGGAGUUGGAGAAAUUGAAGAGAUUGAAGUAGAUACGGAUGAUGCACCACUAUCAUCUACGGAGUCUUUCCUGACGCCAAAACUGCCAAUCAUUGUUGGACUAUCGCUGCUAGUCAUCCUCAUCAUCAUUGACCUGAUCUGCUACUCAACGAAUCGAUGUGGCCUUAUCGCUUGCUUCUGCAUCAACUGCCUUGGACGAGCUCCACGAGAUCGUAAAAAGGAUGUCGAAGCGGGAAGAGGAGAGAACAAUAGACUUCUGGAUAAUCAAGCAUCUAGGUAA